GUAACCAUUGUUAAGAAAAAUAAUAGGAUCUAAAGGUCGAAAUAAGUAUUAAACAAAUUAAUAAUUAGUAUUAUUUGGCGCACACCAUUUCUACAGUGAAUAUAGCUGCACCUGUAGAAACUACUAUUACAUAGGUUACCCUGUCAUGGAUUCAAAUAUGAAGUUAGUCUACAUGUGGCUUGGCGUAAUGACGUUGGUUGUAAUGACCGUUGGAGUACCGUUAAACGGUGGAGAGGAGAUACGAGAGGUUGAUAAUAAUUCUUUACUUAUUGGUGUAGUUGAAGGAGAUUACGGUGGCUCUGAAAAUACUGACAGUAAACCUUCUCGGAUUCAAUUGUUUCAGUUAGGAAAGCCCAAUGAGGAACAAUCCGCUCUAAAGACUUUCUUAGGUCGCAAGGAUUCGUAUCCGGACAAUGAAAAAAGUGAUAGGGAAAAGGACAGUGCCAACCUCAAAAGGUCCGUCGAGAAGGGAAACAGCAAGAAGAAAGACGGCAUGGCCCUAGAACUGACCAUGUACGGUGAGAAACCGAAGGACCCCAGGUCCCAGAUAGUCGCAGACUCUGAAAGAAGAUGUUGGAAAGUUGCAGACGGAUGGCGUUGCUUAGUGACCUUCGAUGAAGACAAGGAUACUAGGAACUGGUGAUGAUAAUACAUAACUAAUAAACAAUAAUAAUAUUAUUAUUAUAAUAUUAAUGUAUGUUACUAUUGCUCAUUCUUGUUUGUACUUAAUUCAAAAUAUUCACUAAUUAUAUAUUUAUGUUCC